AAAAGUGGCAAUAUUUUUGUUGUGUUUCGUUAUUUUGUUGUUGGGGCAGUGAGAAUGUCAGUGUAUUUGAGAGUUGAGUUAUUUUGUAGUUUUUAAAGAACAUGGUGUUCAGUUUAUAUUCAAUUGAGACUCGUGCCGGGUUAGUUUGUUGGUCAUUUCAGUAGUAGUUUUUUACAGCGUUUUUUUACGGUUAAGGGUUUAAAAAUAAGCGACAAAAACGUUUAACAAAAACCAAAAGUGCGUGAGCAGAAAUAUAUUUUAAAUGAGAAAAAGAAAUAUGAAAAAGUGUAGAAAUCUUUAAAAGAUAUAUAGUUUUAAUUAACAAAAGUGUUAAAGAAAUCUCAAAAAAAAAAAAAAAAAUGUAAAAUUUCUUUAAAAAUUUUAAGAAAAUAAAUCAAAUAUUUGUGUAAAAAAAAUAUUGAAAAGGAAAAUAAGCAAUAAAAUAUUUAUUAAAUAAAUUAUUAUGGGCAAUCGUGUUAGUAAUUUGUGGUGUAAAAAAACAAAUUUGGCCAUAAAAGAUAAAGAGUUUAACGAGAAUACGAAAGUGAAACGUGAAUCGAAACGAAGAUUUAGACAACGUCGUCUAUCACUCAAUUGUAUAACACGUGAACCAAGUCAAAAAGCUUCGGAAGAACCCGUACUCGUGCAUAAACCCUCGGCUUCAUUACCGCGUCAUACCAAACUCUCAACACCAGAAAGGAAUUUUAAUACCGCAGCAACAACAACAACAACUACAACAUUACAACCUAAAGAAGUUCGUAAAGAAAAAGAAGAAGUAACAACAAAUUUAGAAACAAAAGAAUUACGCGAAUCUCAAUUAGUAAACGAGAAUCUUAGGCAAGAAUCUAAGGCGUAUAGCUCCCUACCCCCUACUACCGCUAAAGAAUUAAACACUGAACAAAAACCGGUUUUGCAUAACAAUUCUAUAUUCAAUACAAAUUCCUUUGGUGUCAACUUAACGUCGUCUCAACCACGUUUAAAUUCUUUUACUCCCAUCUCAUCAACAACUCUAUCAUCACCUUCUUCAACUUGUUCCAACGCCACCAUCGAUGUGGUAGAUUCACCCAUACGUGUACUGGCAACAACAAAGACCCAAGAUAUUUUAACAAGUGAAAAAUUGACGUGUACAACAAGUAGUAUUUCCUCUUUGAAAACAAAAGCUACCAUGAAAUUUAAUUCGGAUUUAACCACUGUCAAGGUAAGUUUCAAAAUUUUAACAAAAUUUCUUAUUAAAUCAGUAAGUAAAUUACUAAAAAAGCGAGUCAGGGGGCGAUUAGGCAGAGGACAAUUAUCUAAAAUAUCAUACUAGCGGGAACAUCAUUCCUAUCAAACCAAAUACAAAGGAACAGUCUUAGAUAUUUUAGUGAAAAAUCAAUUUUUUACUGAAAACCACUUAAAUUUUUAAUCGAUUAAUUUCAAUCGAUUAUUCGAAUAAUUUUAAUCGAUUAAUCAAAAACAAACAUUUUUUAAAAAUUCAACUAAAUAAUUGUUUAAUUUGUAUUGAUCGAAUAAUGUAAAGUAGUCGGUUGUUAAUCUUUUAUUCGGAUAAAUUUAACCGGGUUAUAUGCAUUGAUUAGUAAGUAAACGUAUUCGACUCAACGUAUCUAAUAACUGGGUAAAUUUAAUCAAUUUAAAGAAAAUUUUGAUAAGUUCUUAUUCAAUUAUUCACU